GCUAACCACUAUGCCACGGCGCCAGGUAAUACAUACUAAUUAAACAAGCAUGUUACAGAAUCAGAUGCUUACGAAGAAUUCAACAUUCAAAACACCAAACUGGACAUCCCUGCAAGCCACUUGGUGCAAAAGUACAAGGAUAUGUUGGCUUCUAAUGAGGCAGCUUUUAAGAAGCAAUUCCAGGAACUGGCAACAGCUACUAAAGAAAUUAAACUCCCCAAAACACAUGCUGAAAAUCCAUUACACAAGAAGAAAAAUAGAUACAAUAACAUUUUACCAUAUGAUGCUACAAGGGUAUGUCUGAAAGAAACAGCUGAGAAUCCUGAUUAUAUAAAUGCAAAUUAUGUUAAUGGUUAUUCUCAGGAGCAUAAAUUCAUAGCAACACAAGGUCCAUUGGAUCGAACAACUGGAGAUUUCUGGAGGAUGGUUUGGGAACAGGAAUGCUUGGUUAUAGUUAUGCUUACUAAUCCUGUUGAAUCUGGCAAGACAAAGUGUGCAAAAUACUGGCCUGACCAAGGAAAACGUUGCAGAUAUGAUGGUUACAGUGUUGAAACUGUAAAAGAGGUUGAUUAUGGUUCUUACAUAGUACGGACAAUAAACAUUGAAGAAACCAACAAUGAAUAUGCAACGGUGUUAGGAACAUUGCAGCUAUUCCAAUACACAGAAUGGCCAGAGGAAGACGUGCCUUUGAUUUCCACAAGUUUGAUUCAAAUGCAGGCCAAAGUAAACACUACUUGGUCAAGUCUUUUUAAUGGCAAACAGUUUCCUAUAGUUGUGCAUGGCAGUGCUGGGGCAGGGCGUACAGGAGCGUACAUAGGGUUUGAUAUUUUACUCGAUGAAAUGGAAUCAAAGGAUCAGGUUAAUGUAUUCAGGACUGUGCUGAACAUGAGAAAGCAAAGGAUGGACAUGGUGCAGAACAUGGUUUGUAAAACUGUGUUGUGGUUGUUGCAGUGUUUAACAUUACUUUUCAUCACAGAAACAGUACAUAUUUCUGUAUAAAGUUAUGAGCGAAUGUUAUGCACUUGGAAACACUGGAGUAAAGUGAAUCUGGAAAAGGAAAUUCUACUAAGAAACAUAUUUACUAUAUAUUCCCACAUUGUUAGACUACAUAUUCUAUUUAUUUUUUAAUGUUGUUUUUUAGAUUUUCUCAAUUGUUGUAUAUUAUUGAUUCCUUAUCCGUGAAAAACACAAUUAUGUUAACAGAG